AUGCAAUUCUCCAAAUUUCUUGAGGUAUUUAAGAAACUUCACAUAAACAUACCAUUCGCUAAGGCUUUGGAGCAAAUGCCUAAUUAUGUGAAGUUCAUGAAGGAUAUAUUGUCCAUGAAAAAGAGAAUGGAAUACUUUGAGACAGUGGCUCUAAAUAAAGAAUGUAGUGCCAUCUUGCAAAGGAAGCUCCGUCAGAAGUUAAGGGAUCCAGGCAGUUUCACUAUUCCAUGCACCAUCAAUAUUUUUCGAUGUAAGAGAGUGUUAUGUGAGUUGGGUGCGAGUAUCAAUCUAAUGCCACUCUCUAUUUAUCGAAAAUUGGGUUUAGGAGAGACUCGCCCUACUAUAGUUAUACUACAGCUGGCAGGCAGAUCAGUCAAACAUCCUCAGGGUAUCAUUGAGGACGUACUAGUCAAAGUAGAUAAAUUCAUCUUCCCUACUGAUUUUAUAGUGCUUGAUAUGGAGGAAGAUGAGGAUGUGUCUAUUAUAUUGCGGAGGACAUUUUUAGCUACUGGAUAG